AUGGGGUGGUUCGGCUCCCCGAAAUCGCCGCGGAGCCCCGCGGGGGCGACGUCGCCGUCGGCGUCGCCGAGCAGGGCGAAGGCGUCCGCGAAGAAAAAGUAUAAGGCGAAGUCGCCGCCUCCGCGCGACAAUCCGUACUUGAAGGCGGUCGCGCGCGUCCCGGACGCGCCGCUGCCGUCGCUCGGCGCGGACGACGUCGCGCGGACGUUCUCCCCCGAAGGCCUGGACGACCUCCGAGCCGACUUGGGUGCGCCGCGCGCGCGCGUCCGAUCCCCCGCGUCGUCCGUCCGUCAGACGCGCCUCAACGACUCCAUUCGCGCGAGCCGCGCGCGCCAUCCGACCUCGUCCAUCCUCUCCUCACCCGCCCCCCGCCGUCGCCCCGCGUCCCUCUCUGCCCGUCCACCGUCCGCAGCGAGCGAAGACUGGACGACGCGGUUCAACGCGCUGCGGACGCUCCGCGCCGCGCUCGCGGCGCCGCCCCCGCGCGACGACGCCGACGCCGACGCCGCCGCAGCCGACGACGAUGCGUCCCUCCCGCCGCCGCCGCUUCGCGGCGACCGGCUCCGACGCUUCGCCGCGUCCCCCGCCGCGCGCGCGCUCGCGGAGUGCAUCACCGAUCACAAGCCCGAGUGCGGUCGCGAGGCGUCGCACGUCGUCGUCGCGCUGUCGCGGUGCGGUCGGCGGCGAGGAGGAGGAGGAGGAGGAAGGCUCGACGACGACACGCGCGUGUACGACGCGCUGGUCGCGCGCGCGUUGGCCAAGCCGCUGACGCGCGCGCUCACGAGGUGA